AUGUCUGACAAUAUAGAAGAUCGAUCCAAAAUACCUUCUGAUGCGAAGGAAAUUGUGACUACAAAUGAGAUUGAAGCAACAGAUUCAGAACACACAACAAAUGUCGAUAACGAACUCCGUCAUAACGAAUCAAAUGAACGAACAGAAGAGUACCACAACGAUAAUCUUGCAUCAAAACGUCAAUUGAUUAAUGAUUUAUUACAUAAUGAUGUUAUUAAGGAAGGAACUGAACGUUAUAUUAUUCCACAAGAUUUUUUGCAUGAAUUUUUGAAUUUACCAAUCGAUAAUUUUAGUGAUUUGAAGGAAAAGCUUGGUCCUAUUGAUUUCCACUUAGUAGUCGAUCAGCAAGGUAUUUUAUACCCUGAGAACGAGGAACCGGUCCCUUCCUGUCAUGUAUCGACCAAAGUAUUUGAGUAUCUUGGUGAAUGGUUUGGAAUAUUGGGCCAACCAAUUAUUAGAGCUAUUAUUAUCAAUCCAGAAACCAAAGAAAAAGAGAUUGAAAGAAACACUCCCCUAUUUUGGGUUUACCAACUAGGCAAAAAGACUCAACCGACAUACUUGCGACACCGUCAUAAUGGAAGCAGCCAUGGUCAUCAUCAUGGACACCAUGAUUCACCAAUACCAGUGUCUCUUUCGAAAACAAGCACUUUUUAUAAUUUAAUGGAUUUGAUCCGUUAUAAUGUUCUUAAGGCACCGCGCAAAUCGAUGAAAGAUUAUAGAAUUUGGUUUAUUAUUCCUCAAGACAAAGAUUUACAGUAUUUGAUUUCAGUACAAACUUUUAUGUUUGAUAUUUCCCAAAAAACCCUAGUUUCACCAAAUAUGCUUGAUGAUGCCUUGAAGAAUCAAGGUAUCAUGGCUAACACCUAUCAUAUAAUGGUGGAGACAAAAGAAAAACAUCAGACAGAAUUCCCCACUGAUCAAUUCAUUUUGUCUCAUUCGAACGCAUACGAAGAAGUAGCACAAGGUGGUGGACACCUUGGAUUAUCAAACAUGGGGAACACUUGUUAUAUGAACUCGGCUUUGCAAUGUCUAUUACAUGUUCCUGAGAUUAACUAUUAUUUCUUCUACAACAUUUACAAGAAAGAAUUGAAUUUCGACAACCCCUUGGGUUAUCAUGGUGAUGUUGCCAAUGCAUUUGGAUCCCUUUUAAAACAGGCUUUUGAUCACGUGAAGAAUGGGUCUAGUAUUUCACCUAGAGAAUUCAAAUCAACUAUCGGGAGAUACUCCUCCAUGUUUUCUGGGUAUCUUCAACAAGAUUCACAAGAGCUAUUGAGUUGGUUGUUAGAUGCUCUUCAUGAGGAUUUGAAUAGAAUCCACAAAAAACCUUAUUGCGAAAAGCCUGAAUUAAAAGAUGACGAAAUAGAUGAUCCUCAAGCGAUAAACAAAUUAGCCAAUACUUGUUGGAACCAACAUAAGGCAAGAAACGACUCGGUGAUAAUCGAUUUAUUUACUGGGUUGUAUCAAUCUACAUUAAUCUGUCCUGAUUGCGGUAAGAAAUCCAUAACUUUUGAUCCCUUUAAUGACUUGACUUUACCUCUACCGAUCAGUAAGAAAUGGUAUCACACAUUCACUAUUGUGGAUUUGUCCAACGAAGGUGUUAUACCUGAAAGGAUAAUGAAGUUGGAAGUUGAGUUGAAUAAGACGUCUAAUUUUGAUGAUUUACUUGGUUACCUAAGUAAUUUCUUGAAUAUUCCAUCUACAGAAUUGUUUAUUUACGAGAUCUUUCAAAAUGCAAUCUAUUCUGACUUCCAAUUAGAUUACAACAAGAACAAAUUUUUACCCAUCAGCGAUAUCAUCAGAGAUACAGAUGAUGUUAUAGUAUACAUUGUUCCACAUAACCCUGCAGUUGAUAUCAUUGUGCCGGUUUUCAAUGCUGUUGAGGAUGCUGAUAGUUCAUAUCAAAUGGUUAAUUUUUUUGGAAUACCUUUAUUUGUGGUGAUGAAUAAAGAGGUAGAUGUGAACAGUUUUGGUUUUAUCAGAAAGAAAUUGUUAGAAACAGCUUCUCUAUUGAGCAAGAUUGACUUGGUCGAGGAAUAUGAAAAGAUCAAAAAGAGUUGUCAAGGUUAUGUUGAGAAAGAGUUUUACAAGAAACUGGAUUUCCCUGCAUUGCCACAAUCAUUAGAAGGUACGGACUAUAAUGACAACGACGAAGGCUAUGAUAGUGAAGUGUCGUUGGCUAACCCAUACCUUGGUGCUAAUUUUGGGUUCAAAAUCAUGUAUGUCCAUGACUAUAGCCCUAAAUUAAAUUCAUCCCUUCGUAACAGGUACAAUUUUAACCAAACAAAUAAAUUCAAACAAGCAGAGAGAAUCAUUAAUGUUCCUACACACAAACCAACUUUUAGUGAUUUCAAGCCUUUAUCGGACCAAUUAUCAGAAUCAAAGCGCAACUACUAUUUUUAUCCAGAUUAUAAAAAAAUGGAUGAUGAAAUGGAUCAAUUGGUCGAUGAAGUCAACGAAAAUUUGGCAGAGCAAGAAGAAGCCAGAUCAUCAGGAUCAGAUAAUAGUAGCAGGGCACUGGAAGAACAAGAUGGAUUUGUACUAAUAAAUAAAGAGGAAACUCUUAAGCAGCAAUCAGCCGUACCCGCUGAAAUGGUGCCACCACCAUUACCUGUUAGAAAUAAUAAUGGAGGGCACAUUCCUUCAUCCGAUGAAGAAACAGAAAGUGAAGCCAAUUUAGGAAGCUUGUUUGAUUCAACAUCAAACUUACCGUUACCUCCACCAUCUACAUAUUCGGAAUCCACAAAACCUUCGAAUGUAAACUCGCCUAUGGAAAGCAACUUUGAAAGUUCAUCAGCAGAGUUGAAUUCUACUACAUUGAUAUCGAAGGACACUGUUUUAUUAUGUGAUUGGGAUAAAGAAAUUUUCCAACGCUGCUUUGGAGACAAGGAAUUACAAGCAUGGGAAAAUAUAUCGAAUUUACCAAAUCCAGAAUUGGAAAAAAAUAGAGCUCAUUUUGAAAGACAAAGAAAAGCUAAGAUCACAUUAUCUGAUUGUCUUAAAAGUUUUAGCACACCAGAGAUUUUAGGGGAGCAUGAUUUAUGGUAUUGUCCACGUUGUACAGAACACAAACGUGCAACAAAGACAAUCCAGCUUUGGUCAACUGGAGAUAUUCUCACUAUUCAUUUGAAAAGAUUUCAUAGUGCUCGGGCAUUUAGUGAUAAGAUUGAUGUUUUAGUUGAUUUCCCAAUUGAAGAGUUAGAUAUAAGUUCGUAUGUUGCUAAUACUGACUUGAAGGCUGAAGAUUGUUUGUACGAUUUGAUUGCAGUUGACAAUCAUUAUGGUGGAUUAGGAGGUGGUCAUUACACCGCUUCUGUAAAGAACUUUAGAGACGAUAAAUGGUAUUAUUUUAAUGACAGUCGGGUUACUGAGAUUAAUAAUCCUGAAGAAGUCGUUGCAAACUCUGCAUACCUUUUAUUCUACCGCCGAAGAAGUUCAAGAGGAUCUGGUAUUUUGGGAGGGAAAAACUUUAUUGAAUUACUUCAAAAAGGUAGAGAAGAGUACUCUGAGACUUUACAGAAGAAAAGACUAGCUCUCCAAGAUGUUGGCCAAAUGGUUAACGCCUAUGCCAAAAUUGAACAAGAUAUAAUUGAUGAAGAAGCAGAGAAACAGAAAGAGGAACAAGAACAGGAACAGGAAGAGAAUGAAACAGUGAAAAAAUCAAGGCCAUUUGAUGAUCUCAAACCAUCAACUACUGAAACCAAUACCUCUCAACAAACCACUCAGUUCAACUUUGAUGAUGAAGAUAAUGAUUAUGACUAUGAAGCAGAAGUAGAAGAUUCCAAUAUCCGCAAACAAAGAUUGCUUUCAAAAGAAAAUAACAGCAAUAAGUUGGUACAUAUCAAGAGCAACGGUCGCCAAGAAGUCACUUCGUCACCAGUACCAAUUGAAACUGAUGGUGAAAUUGAUGCCACUGAUUCUAAUUCUGGAUAA